UCCACGACAAUCGGGAAGGAUGCAGGGCAGGCCAGUGUGUGUGGGCUUCAUCCGUGGCGCUUAGUCCAGCGUUUAGCCUUCUGAGCAACUUUUUUUCCCCCGGUCGGAUGCCCUCCCGGGAGACAUGCGUCUGCUCGUUUUGGCGACUCUCUUCGGAGUCCUGCAGGUUCGCGCAGGAGACGCCCUUCAGAUCCAGUGUUACCAGUGUGAGGAGAUGAAACACAACGACUGCUCAACGCCCGAGUACAUUGUCAAUUGCACAGUCAACGUGCAGGACAUGUGCCAGAAGGAGGUGCUUGUCAAACCUGAUGGGAUUCAUUAUCGGAAGUCAUGUGCAUCAUCCGCAGCGUGCCUCAUCGCCUCCUCUGGCUACCAACAGUUUUGCACCGGGAGGCUGAACUCGGUCUGCAUUUCCUGCUGCAACACAGCCCUCUGCAAUGGGCCCAAGAGGAAGCGACCCGUUCCUUCAGUUGCAACGCCCAGUGCACAGAUGAACCUUAUACUUGCUCUUUUUCUGCCACUUUUUUCAUUGGCAAAGAAUAUAAGGUGGAGUUUUGCUCUCUGGUCUCGCUGAUCUGCUGUCAUUGCUGCUACUACAGAUGUCGAUGUGAACGCUUUUGCCUAAAUUCUGCAAAGAUGGCAGCUCAACAAAAGAGACAAAAGGUUUUGUCCCAGGAAGGAAAAAAAGGGAGGCUA